ACCACAACAUCGUCAUCAUCAUCGUCAUCACUUCGCAGCAGCAGCAUCAGUCACGCGGCUGAACUGCUUAAACCCAACCCAACAGGCAGCGGUAAAUCUAUGCUAAUGAUGAUGCUGCUCCGCCGUGACCAUCGCGAUGCAAAACUGCAAUGAUGUAGAACGUCGUCGUCGCCGUCCGCACUUCCAGCUGCUUCGCCAGGCCAUGUCGAAGAUAUCUCAGCAGCAGCAGCAGCGCAACUGUGCAAUAGAAACAGCAGCCACGGCUUAGCUUAGUAUGUGUGUGUGUGUUUGUGCGUUUUGCUCCAGUAUCAUAUGCAUUCCACUGUAAGCGAGAAGGCAAAAUUAUACAAUUGUGCGCGGCUUGAAGCUUGGAGCGCAAGGCAGAACCAGUUUUUCUCCGCGCCGUGUGUUGUGUGGUGCAUGUAACAAAGCUGCAUUAUCAGUUUUCCUCUCGCUGGCAAGGGGCUUCGGGCGCGCGAAAUUCGUGUGUGUUUGAGUGCAAAUAGUGUGUCCACGCAGAAAGAGAGAAAAAAAGAAAAGAUACAAGUGAAUACAUAAAUUUUACUUUGUGUAUUUUAUCAACCGCCCGAAAAAAAAAACGCCCGGCCAUCUCUUCGCAUCUUUGUUCCGUCACGGUCCAGCAUGUGAGUCCUCUGGGGAGUUUAGUGUCGAGUGUCCCAACAAGUGUCAAGUGUGUGUGUAUGUGCCAAAUGUACGUGUGAAGAGUCUCGGUCGCUAUCAGCCCGAGUGUCCGACUGUGUUACAACCCACCCCAUCUCAAGAAAACGGAAAAUAACGCAAUAAAUGACUGAUCGAAAAUUGCCAAUUAGUCUGUCGGACCACAGCGAGUUUGGAAUCAAUCACGGAUCGGCGGCCAUCGGGGGUGGCACCGGUUGCCUCCUUGGAGCCGGAAUUGGCCUGCCAGCAGCAGCAACGCCGACAACCGUGUUGCCACCACUACCGCCUCAGGGAGCUGGAAUUGGCGGCCUCGGAGUGGCAGCAACUGCGGUGACCGGAGUCGUCGGUGGCGGGAAUGUGGUCGGCGGCAACAAGCAUGCGAUCGCACGUCUGAAGCACACCAAUUCCCUAACCGCCGGCAUCCCACCGGAACUGUACGACAAGGGCAACCGGCUGUCCCACUCGAGCGACACGAGCCAAACCGACACGAUGACGUCCGUCACGAGCUCGUCGCUCGACUCGGACGAGGUCGACCUGUCCGGGCUGGUCGAAUCGGUGGUCGACUCCGACGAGGAGGACAUCGCCGAGAGCAUCGACAGCAUGAGUGUUCGCGACACGGUGCGCGAGUGCUUGGAGAAGGAUCCGACCGACCGUACGAUGGAUGAUAUUGAAAUAUUGCUGGAGUUUACGCAAAAGUUGAAGGCGUUCACCAACAUGACGUUCGCGGUGCGGCGGGAUCUGUGCUCGGUGAUGGUGUUUGCCGUGGUCGAGAAGGCCGGCACGAUCGUCAUGAACGAUGGGGAGGAGUUGGACUCGUGGAGCGUGCUGAUCAAUGGGCACGUGGAGAUUGAGCACGCGAAUGGGGAGAUUGAGUAUCUGCACAUCGGGGAUAGUUUCGGGAUAAUGCCGACGAUGGAUAAGUUGUACCAUCGCGGGAUCAUGAGGACCAAGUGCGACGAUUGUCAGUUUGUGUGCAUCACCCAGACGGAUUACUAUCGGAUACAGCACCAAUAUCCGGACGAUAUCGCGCGGUCUUUUAAUCCCUGUUCCAUUUCCUGUUUUCACUUUUUGCAAUUGAACGCGAACGAGCUGGCGAUUCAGCUGACGCUGCAGGACUUUUCCAUCUUUCGGCAGAUCGAGUCCACCGAAUAUAUCGACGAUUUGUUCAAUCUGAAGAGUCGCUACGGCAAACCGAUGCUGGUCAAGUUUGCCGAGCUAGUCAACCGGGAAAUGUUCUGGGUGGUGACGGAAGUGUGCAGCGAGCACAAUAUGAUGCGAAGGUGUAAAAUUAUCAAGCAGUUUAUCAAGAUUGCGCGGCACUGCAAGGAGUGCAAGAACUUCAACAGUUUGUUUGCGAUUGUGAGCGGGUUAGGCCAUGCGGCCGUUUCCCGGUUGCGGCAGACGUGGGAGAAGCUUCCAUCCAAGUACCAAAAGUUGUUUAACGAUCUGCAAGAGCUGAUGGAUCCGUCGCGGAACAUGUCCAAGUAUCGGCAGUUGAUACAAACCGAGCUGAACGCGCAGCAUCCGGUGAUUCCGUUUUACCCGGUGGUCAAGAAAGAUCUCACGUUUAUCCAUUUGGGAAAUGAUUCGAAAAUCGAGAGUCUCAUCAACUUUGAAAAGCUUCGCAUGAUUUCGAAGGAGGUGCGCACGUUGCUGCAGAUGUGCAACUCGCCGUACGACAUCCUGACGAUGCUGGAGUUGAAGUGUCAACCGCCGAGUUCGGCCAUGCUUGCGCUGAACCAGAUGUCCGUACCUUCGAGUGGGAACUUGAUGCUGCCUCCGCAACCGGUGGUUAAUAGCCACACGGUGAAGCGACGAAAGAAAUCGACGGCCGCGCCCAAUCCGAAGAAGAUGUUCGAGGAAGCCCAGAUGGUGCGACGGGUGAAGGCAUAUUUGAACAAUAUGAAGGUCACAACGGACGAAGACGAACUGCACCGGCUGUCGUUGGAAUGCGAACAGCAGGGGGGAAGCACACCAAACAACGUUCAGGUGAGAAAACGGUACCCCUCCCCGACGCUAUCGACGACGUCGAGCACGAGUUCGACGAGCGAGGGAAAAAAGGGCGCGCUCGGUAUCGGGAUGAGCAGCCUGUCGAUCGGAAGUUCCGGUAGCGGUAACAGCGGUGCGCCAAAAUUUGGGGCCGCGUCGCCGCAGGCGGUCAAAAAGUUGCUCUCGCUUUCCGAGCAAACCAAAACUCGCCCUCAUCAACCCAGACAUCCCUCGGUCGGGUCGGUUCUGCCGCCCCCGUUGAACAACAUCCAUCAUCAUAGUCAGAUCGUGCAUCAUAACAAUCUGUCCCAUUAUCACCACGCCCAUCAUACGCCGUAUCAUCAUCACGCGGGCAUCUCGAUCAGUCCGUCCGCGCACGCCGCUGCUGCCGCCACUUCCGGUGGUGGCGGCGGUGGCCAGUGCUGUGGCAGCGGCGCCGGACCUCCGCAACCCCAUCAGCCGUACCCGAAUACUCAUCCGAGCUAUGCGGUUUCCAGCAGCGGAAUUCACUUAUCCAACAUGCUACCCAAUCCACCCAACUAUAACGCGACCAUGUCGAUGUACCCGAACGGGCGGCCCUCGGUCGUCAUGUCCAGCCGGAUACUGGAAAGCUCCGUGGACUCCCCUAGUCAACUGCCGCCACCGAUGGAGCUCCCACCGGAGAGCAGCUCAUUCCGCAGUCCACCGAACUAUGCCCAAGCAGCCCACCGGCGCAUCACCGGCAACAGCACCUCGGUCCUGUCCUCGUUUCCCACCCCGCACCAAAACUUUGGCUCCUCGUCGCGGAUCAUCGCCGCGGUCGGAAUCUCGCCCAUCACGCCCGGCUACGUGCCGCCCGGCGUCAACGCAAUCUCACCGAUGUACCAGCAGCAACCGGCGGCCAACAGCGGUGCACCUUCGCCCAACGCCAGCAAUCUCCCGCCGGCCAUUCCAGCUCGAAUGCACGAGCAGCAGCACGUUGAUGUGAUCCAGCAGCAGCCCCCGCCGCAACAGCCCCCGCCACCGCUUCCACCGAGCCUGGACCUGUCCGCCGAGAGCAGCUCGGUGACGGUGCUCAGCAAUGCCGCUCCUGAGCUGCUCGUGGAGACCUCGGUGGAUGACGUCGACGACGAGGAAGACGACGGGUGUGAGUCGGUCGAGCGCGACGUCACUGAAACGCUGUCUACCGACGUCUAAAACUACUGUUUGAUCUAGGCGAAUAAUGUUGGUGUGGUGUCGUCAUUCCAAGAGCACGUUUCGGGGGAUUUAAUAUGUUUCAAAACAAUCAUUCUCAUUUAAGCAAGUGUAUUGAUAUUCGUGGAUUUGUUCCAAAAUUGACGGUAAAUUAAGAUAUUGUUGUUAUCGUUGAUUCACAUAUGGAUGUCUAAAGUAAAGUGGAAUGUUGAUUCCAUGUUUCAACUCUCUGCCAAACAAGAUUUAACAAGACGCAAAACUGUACACAAACAGAAAGAUAAAUCAAACUUAAAAGAAGGUUAACCAAAAAUAAAAUAAAAAUAUAUAUAUUUUUAACCCUUUUACACACCUUCAACCAAAGUCUCUAGCAAGUCUGUUUUAGUCGAAAAAUAGAUUUUAGCCCUGUGUGCUAGUGAUACAACUCGCCACGAUUGCACCUUACUCCAAGACUGAUGUGAACCGGAAAUGAUGGAACUAACUGAAACCACAUGCCAAAAUGUUAAUUUCAAUGAUUAGAUAUCCCAACUGUGACCAAAGCAUUAACUUUAAUUGUUU